AUGAACAGAUUCACAUUUGCGGUUUUCCUUGUGGCACUGGGUUUUCUUGUCUGCGAAGGGGGUAACCCAUGUUGCUCAGUGCCGUGCCAGAAUAGAGGCGUGUGUACGGCACUUGGACCAGAUAAUUAUGAGUGUGACUGCACACGUACAGGGUAUCAUGGACAAAACUGCACAACACCUGAAUUCCUCACCUGGCUCAAGAUCUCCCUGAAGCCAUCACCCAACACCAUCCACUACCUUCUCACCCACUUCAAGGGCUUCUGGAACAUCAUCAACAACAUCUCAUUUCUCAGGGAUGCCAUCAUGAGAUACGUGCUGACAUCUCGAUCCCACUUCAUCGAUAGUCCUCCAACUUUCAAUGCGGAUUACGGCUACAUAAGCUGGGAGGCUUAUUCCAACCUUUCCUACUACACACGUACCCUCCCGCCUGUUGCAGAGGAUUGCCCAACCCCAAUGGGAGUAGCAGGUAAAAAGGAGCUACCUGAUGCUAAGAUAUUGGCUGAGAAGCUUCUGGUGAGGAGACAGUUCAUCCCCGACCCGCAGGGUACCAGCCUGAUGUUUGCAUUCUUUGCACAGCAUUUCACCCACCAGUUCUUCAAAUCUGAUAUGAAGAAAGGACCUGCUUUCACCGUAGCUAAAGGUCAUGGGGUGGACCUCAGCCACAUUUAUGGGGACAACCUGGAGAGGCAGCACAAGCUCAGACUCUUCAAAGAUGGCAAGCUUAAAUAUCAGAUCAUUGAUGGGGAGGUGUAUCCCCCAACAGUCAAGGAAGUGGGUGUCGACAUGCACUACCCUCCUCAUGUUCCCGACUCUGACCGUUUUGCUGUGGGCCAUGAGGCAUUUGGCCUGGUCCCAGGUCUGAUGAUGUACGCCACUAUCUGGCUGCGGGAACACAACCGGGUGUGUGAUGUGUUGAAGGAGGUCCACCCUGACUGGGACGACGACAGGCUCUUCCAGACCACCCGGCUCAUUCUGAUUGGAGAGACCAUCAAGAUUGUAAUCGAGGACUACGUGCAGCACCUGAGCGGCUAUCACUUCAAGCUCAAGUUCGACCCCGAGCUGCUGUUCAGCCAGCGCUUCCAGUACCAGAACCGCAUUGCGUCCGAGUUCAACACCCUCUAUCACUGGCACCCUUUGAUGCCUGAUACUUUCCACAUUGAAGAGAAAGAAUACAGCUAUAAAGAGUUUGUCUUCAACACCUCUGUGGUGACCGAGCACGGCAUCAACAACCUUGUGGAGUCGUUUACAAAGCAGAUUGCUGGACGGGUUGCUGGUGGCCGAAAUGUCCCAGGACCUAUCCUGUACGUGGCCAUUAAGUCCAUUGAGAACAGCAGAAAAAUGCGCUACCAGUCUCUGAACGCCUACAGGAAACGAUUCUCCAUGAAGCCCUACACCUCUUUUGAAGACAUGACAGGAGAGAAAGAAAUGGCCGCAGUGCUCGAGGAGUUCUAUGGACACGUCGAUGCUGUGGAGCUGUACCCAGGUCUGCUGGUGGAGAAACCCAGGCCCAACGCCAUCUUUGGGGAGACCAUGGUGGAGAUGGGGGCUCCAUACUCCCUCAAGGGCUUAAUGGGAAACCCCAUCUGCUCCCCGGAGUACUGGAAGCCGAGCACAUUUGGAGGCAGUGUGGGCUUCGAAAUUGUCAACACCGCUUCUCUUCAGAAGCUCGUCUGCAAUAACGUGAGGGGCACCUGCCCUCUGGCUUCCUUUCAUGUGCCUGACGUCAAAGAGACGGGGUCCAUGACCAUCAACUCAAGCACAUCCCACUCACGUGGCAAUGAUAUCAACCCCACAGUCAUUUUGAAAAAAAGGACUACUGAGCUCUAAUUUUUUAUUCUAUAAGGUUUUUUCUCUUUUUUUUUUAACAUAUUAGUUUAUUUAUUUAUUUAUUUAUUUUUGUAUUUAUUGUAUUCUAUUUAUAAUAUAACAAGGAAGUGCAAAAAAUAAUUUUUAUAUGUAAUUUUGUAUAUUUUUGUUUACUUAUCAAGAACAGAAGUCUGUGGUUGUGUUUAUUUAUUAAGAGAUUAAUUGUAUCAUACACUAAGUUAUUGUGACAGUUAUGACCUCAGACAAUGCAACUUGAUACUUGAAGGUUAGUUUACAGUCUUAACUACAUAGUAGUGCACGUUACAUUCCUGUUACAUGUUCCCUGGGAUCAACUGCUACUCUUCCAUUUUGCAAUUGUGCGACUGUCCCAGGACAGCAGUGAUCUGUUCUACAGACAGAGAGAUACAGUAUAGCAUUGUUCACAGUGAACCUAAUGACUGAUGUUGACUCUCUUGAUCUAACGUUACUAGAGUGCAUUCCUAUUUCAGUAUUGCUUUACUGAUUUCUUUCCUACUUCAGUCUGUGUAUUGGCUUUGGAAAUUUUAAAUGACAUUAAUAACUAAGCUGCACUGUUGUUUAGAAUUGCAUUGUCAUGUUAUAGAUAUUGUUUAAAACAAACAUGUACUGUUUAAAAUAACCAUGUACUGUAUACAGUAGGAAUAUUUGUAAGUUUUGUUUUCAGUGCCCAUUGAUUUGUAAGGUUGACACUAAUAAAUGCUGCCAGAAGAAAAGGCAUUUCUCAGAAA